GAGAAUUCUUUACAAAACAUAUUGUGGACAUCAAAAGUGCAUUUAAUAAUGAAUAUUAUAAUAUCAAAACUUAUGUGGCAAAAUGGAACGCGGAUCAAUCAAUAUAUAUUCGCAAUUAUAAUAACAAUCCCGCUGGUCAGCUUCGGCAUGGUUCAGGGGUGGCUGUCCCCCAUGAUCUCAGUGCUGCAGUCACCUGAAACUCCAUCUCCUGAACCGUACACCACAUCUGACAUAUCCUGGAUGACGUCAGUCACAUAUAUCACUGCGAUCAUCUUCGGCGCUCCCAUGGGAUACCUGACUGACAGAUACGGGAGAAAAAUGAUGACUCUUCUCACAACCCUAUCAUUAAUUAUAUAUUGGCAGAUAAAGUUGCUAUGUCUGGAACCGUGGGCGUUGAUCCUAGCUCGCGCAGUAGCUGGGAUACCUUGCUCUGCCUGCUACAUAGUACUCCCUAUAUACCUCAAGGAGAUCAGUGAUAUUGACUUACGAGGUGCAUUAGGCUCUCUACUUAUACUAAAUAGGAAUAUAGGUUACCUCGCGAGUUAUGUGUGCGCGGAUCUACUAUCAGUGAAUGCAUUGUUGUGGAUCGGUCUGCUUGUGCCAGCUAUUGUGUUCUUCAUUUUCCUCAUCAUGCCAGAAACCCCAGAGUUUCUCGUCAAGCAAGGCAAGAUUGAUGAAGCAAAGACAGUACUAGCAUGGCUCCGUGGGGUGCCCGUGGUGGAUAGGACUCUGGAGCAAGACAUUGACAGUGUGGUGAAAGUGGACAAACAGACUCGAGCCAGCGCGGCUUCCGUUUGGGGCAUAAUUUGUAAGGAUCAACCAACUCGCAAAGCAUUCAUCAUCACCCUAGUGAUCAAGAUAGCCCAGCAGUUCGAUGGAUACCUCAUAGUACUUAUAUACGCUGGGCUCGUCUUCGGCAAGGCAUCGGAAACCACCAACUUACACCUGAGUCCCAACAAACAAAUUAUUAUGAUUGGGGUCAUACAGCUGAUAGGGUCCACGCUAGCUACUUGUAUCGUCGAGAAAACUGGCAGAAAGUUGCUUCUCGUAACCACCUCGUUUGCUGUGGGAGUAGGUAUGCUGGUACUGUCAGCCUGGUUCUACCUGACCUCUGUCGGCGUCUGGAUGCCAGGCUGGCUCCCAGUCUUCGCCAUGGGGCUGGCCAUCUUCGCUGACGCUGCAGGAUUCCAACCUAUAUCCUAUAUUAUUAUCACAGAUUUAUUUACAUUUCAGCUGCGUGGCACAGUAUCAUCGUUCACAAACAUUUGUGCGAAGCUGAGUAACUUCGUUCAGAUGAAAUGGUUCACGAAUCUCUGCGAGCUCAUCGGGAUCCACUGGACCUUCUUAUUCUUCUCUGUCGUCUGCUUCUUCUCAUGUUUUUACACUGUGAUCGCCUUCCCUGAAACAAAACAAAGAACCAUUGAAGAAAUAUAUACUAAGUUGACUAGAAAAAAAGACAAAAUGGUAGAAAAUAAAAUAGAAGCUGUACCGUAGUUGUAAAACAGACAAUAUUUAUUGAAAAUGUGUCAUAAUAUAUAUAUUUCACUAAUGUGAAGAAAGAAUUAAGACGCCAUGAGUGAGAAUACUUUAGUUUGGAUUAACUCCAUUCUUGUUAGUAUUUAAAUGAAGCCUUACAUUUAAGGAG